AUUCGUUGCCUCUAGGACCGAGACGAAUGCGAAUAAUGUGUUUGCCUGGCCGCGGGGUCGACACGCCUGUCUGUGCCAGUUGUGAGAGUUGAGUUGCGAUACAAGAGGUAUAAAAGAUGCCUUGUUCCUGAGCUGUCUUUCGCUUUUCAGUUCUACUGUUCUAUCAUCACUCCCAAAGCUUUAUCAAUAUCAAAGGGUUCAGGAUAUACCUUACAGCAUACUGUAAGUGAAACUGAAAGACCAAGACCUACUCCGCUACGCUCCGUAGGAUCAUGCCUCCCUUGAACUUUCCACCUCCCCUAUUCCAUAUGAAUCCCCCACCAAAUCCCUUCUGGGACUUUGUCGCCGGUAUUGAGGACCAUCCUUUCUUCGCUCAAUACCGUGCACCAUUCCCUCCCGCUGGACCGCCACCACCACCGCAACCGCCGCACGCAGCCCGUCCAACGGCCGACACCACCGCUACCGAGGCCGACGAGAAAGCCCAAGGUAAGCAACAACAACAGCAAACCAACGUCGAGGGUCCGCCAGAGGUCGAUCCAACUACCCUCCGUCCCGAAGGCCACAGCAUGCCUUUCCGUGGCCGCGGCCGAUUCGCCGAAGCGUUCAACGAUCGCGACAGAAGCAAAAGCCCAAGCAACACAAGCGGCAGUGGUAGUGAUAGUUGCAAUGAAGGCCGCCAACACCGCCGAAGGGGUUCCCGUGGCCGCGGAGACCAUCAUCAACAUCGUCCUCAUGGUCACCAUGGCCGUCAUGGGCCACAUGGACAUGGGCCUUGGGGAGGACGGGGUGGUCAUCGUGGACCACCGCCGCCACCGCCUUUUGGUAUGCCUCCAUUCAUGAUGUUUGGAGGGUCCCCUGGUUUUGGGGGACACGGACCUCAUGGACCUCCUCCGCCGCCUCCCCCAGGUGGUGAAGGCCCUCAUGGACACGGUCAUGGACCUCACCCACCUCCACCCCCACCUCCCGGUGCCGAAGGCCCCCAUGGUCACGGCCACGGCCCCGGUCCGCAUGGUCGAGGCGGCUUCGGCUGGUCUCGCGGACGUGGCGGUUGUCCCAGAGGCGGAUUUGGACGUCAUGGACCUGGGCAUCGCUCGCCGCCCCAUGGUGCUCCCUUUGGAGGACAUGGACCACGUCCCCGCCAGGGUCCCUUCGACUUGGGGACCCUUUUCAACAACCUCGGAGAGCGUUUCGGCGUCGACCUAACUCCUCUCGCAGGAAGUCUAGGUCUGGACGCUGGUCGAUUCAACUCACCACGCUCCCAAGAGAGUGACUUUGAACCCAAAACGGACAUCUUUGACAGUCCGUCUCACUACAUCAUGCACCUUUCACUUCCCGGUGCGAAGAAGUCCGACGUUGGUGUGGAAUGGGAUGGCGAACACUCCGUCCUGCGUGUGACUGGGGUUGUCCAUCGCCCAGGCGUCGACGAGGAAAUGAUGUCCCAUCUUGUCGUGGAUGGACGAAAGCGCGAGACAGGGGUUUUCGAGAAGAACAUUCGACUCGGCACACAGAAAGAGCCAGCUAGCGUCGAUGUCGCCGGUAUCACCGCCAAGAUGGUCGACGGGGUUCUCAUUGUCAGUGUCCCCAAGGUCGAGAAGAAGUUCCAGAAGAAGGAAGUCCGGAUCGAGAACUCCCCUCCAGCAGAAGACACGCACAUGGAUGAAGAGGACGUGUCUGCUGCGGCUGAUGCUGCUUACAUGGAAAUGGGCCGAGACCACACAAUGUGGAGUGCCGACACGACACAGAACUCCACCAAGGAUUCGUCCAGCAAGGAAACACCAAAAGAAGCCGAGCACCAGACCGCCAGGGACGACCGCUCGGAGACACUGGGCUUCGACCAUCCCAACGCCACGGUUGACACGCUACCUGCGUACGAACCGGAAAAGAGUGACUCGCAGAAGAAUUACAACAAUGGCCAGCAGAGGCAAGAGACGCGUGGUCUUCCCGCACAUGAGGAGGAAAUGAGUGACUGGGAAAAAGCAGGCUCCGAAGAUGAAGGGGAGGGCGAAUACGUCAAGAUCAACGUCGACUAACUGUCCAAAUGUGAUAAGAGUUAUAUCUUUCUGGUUGGGCCGGUUAGUCAGUCAGACAUUGGAUAAUAUUGUGCUUGGGCAUAUCGGCGUUCGGCUUCAUGGAUUUGGUUGAUAUCUACAUUAGGAGCACGAGAUGCUCUGAUUUUGUGCCUUGAACUUCUCUUCAUGGCGCACCAAAAAUAUGACCUCACGUAUAUUAUUACUAGCUAGCCACCAAAGUACAGUAACGAGAUUUUCUUUUGCAA